AUGGAAGGAGGUCAAGCAGCUGUCUGGUUACUUGUGUUGUUGGUAAAUGUUGUUCGAGGUGACGUUGUUUGCAUGCAGUGUGAUGAAGCUAUAGACAUCGACGCCUGUCUCGCCGCAGGAACAAUUAGAUGUGGCCCUCAAGAGCAAUGCUUUCUGGAAAAGGUCACCACAAAGAAUCUGAAUUUUGUGUACAAUGCUGGGUGCAGGUCGUCAUUCGUAUGUAAUAUCAUGUCAACCUUAGGUAGUGGUACAGGACGAAGAGAUUUGUCCAGAGCGUCACGUGAACUCGUGAACUGUGCUCAAUGUUGUAAUACUGCUCCGGGCGUGGUCGCGAAAGGGCCGUGCAACUCCGAGCUCUGUGGAACAAAGCCUGCAGUGGAUAACAGUAUCCGUUGUCUGGAUUGUGACCACCUUGUAUCCGGGGCAGCUGCUUGUAACGAAAGAGACGUGUGCACUGAUACACAGGUGUGUGCUACGUCCGUACACAUUCUGGGAGGAAGUCAAAUUAAGUACAACUUCCGGUGCGAGGAGAAGCAUCUCUGCGAAGGAAUGAUAAAGAAUGGUAUCCAGGCUCGAUUUUCGGAUGCUUCCGGGGUUAAGAUCUGUGACGCUUGCUGCAAGGAAUCCGAAUGCAACAAGAAAGAUUGUUUUGAGCUCAGAAAAUUAAUGCCGACACAAUUUGGUAAUGGAACAGCAGCUCUAACGACGAAGCCGACUCCUGCGCCGACUACCACUCCUUCAACUCCAGCGCCAACUACCACUCCUUCAACUCCAGCGCCGACUACCACUCCGUCAACUCCUGCGCCGACUACCACUCCUUCAACUCCUGCGCCAACUACCACUCCGUCAACUCCAGCGCCGACUACCACUCCUUCAACUCCUGCGCCGACUACCACUCCUACAACUCCAGCGCCGACUACCACUCCUUCAACUCCUGCGCCGACUACCACUCCUUCAACUCCAGCGCCGACUACCACUCCUUCAACUCCAGCGCCGUCUACCGCUCCUUCAACUCCAGCGCCGUCUACCGCUCCUUCAACUCAAGCGCCGACUACCACUCCUUCAACUCCAGCGCCGUCUACCGCUCCUUCAACUCCAGCGCCAGCUAGCGGCAGCUCCAGAAGACCAUCAACUUUUGCGCCCAAUUUUACUAUAAUUUAA